GGCCCAGCUAGUCGCGCCCCCCCACCAAGAUGGCGGCGGCGGCGGAGGCGCUCUAGGCGCCGGAAGGGGGCGUGGGAAUCGGCGCAGCCGCGCGCGUGCGCAGUGCCCGGCCCGAGCCUGCCUCGAGGACUUCUCGCCCUAACGAACUCUCGCGAGGUCGGUGUCUGCGCGUUGGGACGUGAGGUGGCUCUCACUUUCCAUCAUGGCGCUGAAGGUGGUGACGGCUGCCGGCGGCGGCGCCGCGAAGGCAGUACUCAGGCCUGCCCUUCUCUGCUGUCCUUGGGAGGUUCUAGGUGCCCAUGAGGCCCCCUGGAGGAGCAUCUCCUCACAACAAACAAUUCCUCCGUCGGCUAAGUAUGGUGGGCGGCACACAGUGACUAUGAUCCCGGGGGAUGGCAUUGGGCCAGAGCUCAUGUUGCAUGUCAAGUCUGUGUUCAGGCACGCAUGUGUGCCUGUGGACUUUGAGGAGGUGCACGUGAGUUCCAAUGCUGAUGAAGAGGACAUCCGCAAUGCCAUCAUGGCCAUCCGUCGGAACCGUGUGGCUCUAAAGGGCAACAUUGAAACAAACCAUAACCUGCCACCAUCCCACAAAUCCCGAAACAACAUCCUUCGCACCAGCCUGGACCUCUACGCCAAUGUCAUCCACUGUAAGAGCCUGCCAGGAGUGGUGACCCGGCACAAGGACAUAGACAUCCUCAUCGUCCGGGAAAACACAGAGGGCGAGUACAGCAGCCUGGAGCAUGAGAGUGUGGCAGGAGUAGUGGAGAGCCUGAAGAUCAUCACCAAGGCCAAGUCCCUGCGUAUUGCUGAAUACGCCUUCAAGCUGGCCCAGGAGAGUGGGCGCAAGAAAGUGACGGCCGUGCACAAAGCCAACAUCAUGAAACUGGGUGACGGGCUCUUCCUCCAGUGCUGUAGGGAGGUGGCAGCCCGCUACCCCCAGAUCACCUUCGAGAACAUGAUUGUGGAUAACACCACCAUGCAGCUAGUGUCUCGGCCCCAGCAGUUUGAUGUCAUGGUGAUGCCCAAUCUCUACGGCAACAUCGUCAACAAUGUCUGUGCGGGGUUGGUCGGGGGCCCAGGCCUCGUGGCUGGGGCCAACUAUGGCCACGUGUACGCAGUGUUUGAGACGGCUACGAGGAACACAGGCAAGAGUAUCGCCAAUAAGAACAUUGCCAACCCCACAGCUACUCUGCUGGCGAGUUGCAUGAUGCUAGACCACCUCAAGCUCCACUCCUAUGCCACCUCCAUCCGCAAGGCUGUCUUGGCGUCCAUGGACAAUGAAAACAUGCACACUCCAGACAUCGGGGGCCAGGGCACCACAUCCGAAGCCAUCCAGGACAUCAUCCGCCACAUCCGCAUCAUCAAUGGCAGGGCCGUGGAGGCCUAGGUUGUCUCUGGGACCAUCCUGGCUCACUCCUCAGAUCCCUCCCUUACCCCAGCACCCUCAGCCAGCUCGGUAGGCAGACCCCAGAAUAAACUAGCUUCUGCC